UCAGAGUAAGGUUAUUCUUGCGAACAGUGCAGAUCAGGGCAGUCCGGCACUAUCACACUGAUAAAGCCCAAGUCAGAAUUACAAAGCACUUUCCUCGCCGAGCGUCGUCUAGGGAAUUUCCGGGUGUUUUUGAAUGCCAAGCGUGGUGGAAUUUGUUCCCAGCAAACACGGUGGCGGACGAGAUCCUUUAACGAUCUUCAGUGUGGAAGAAGGGAAGAGGCCCAAAGAUUCAACCUCUGAGGCCUGCUUUCGACUGAGUGGACCGUGAGAAGGCUGUAGACUUUCUCCAGGCCUAGCGGUGAUCUAUCCUGCUCACCAGAGGGAGAAGAGGGCGGGCGGGAGGACUAGCGAUGUGAAUGAGCCGGCCCUCUGACUGCCCUGCAGGAGGACCGGCCCCACCGAACCAGGAUCGCAGGGUGACAUGGACGUUGUGAGAGUUUCUCCACAGUGAAGCUUCAGCUGCCUCCGUCAGGAAAUUCAUGAUGGUCCUUGUCCUGUUUUUGAUGACCGCCACCAUCGCAUCCGUUAACUCGUCGAAUGGGACAGACAUAGUGACACCCCCUUCUGCCAUUACCCACAUCGUCUGGUCUGUGCUGGUCACCUCCGUGCUUCUGGUCAUCUUCAUCCUAUUGGCCGUAUACUGCCUCAGGUUUAGGAACCAUAGGAAGGCAGACGUUACUACAGUUGACAAAAAGCUACCGAAUGGCUUCUUGGAAGAACAAGGACCACGCUGUUGCCUCCCUCGGCUGCAUCGUUCAGAGCAGCAGACGGUGGUUCUGCUCCCCAAAUUCCCGCCCGCGCCCAAGUACUUCCCCAUCCCCGUGUCCCGUCUGGAGGAGGAGUACCGCCAGCGCUCGGCCGACGACGGGAAGAUGUUCCGCGAGGAGUACGGCUCUCUGCCCAGUGGCUGUGCUCAGGGCACCUGUGAUGUGGCCAGCAGAGAGGAGAACAGAGAGAAGAACAGAUAUCCCAACAUCCUCCCCUAUGACAACUCCAGGGUCGUGUUAACACAGAUUGAUGGGAUUAAGAGCUCAGAUUACAUAAAUGCCUCGUAUAUCGAUGGUUACAAAGACAAAAACAAAUUUAUUGCAGCACAAGGUCCCAAACCAGAAACGGUGGCAGACUUCUGGAGGAUGAUUUGGGAACAGAAGACAGCGACUAUAGUGAUGCUGACGAACAUAAAAGAGAGAAAAGAGGAUAAGUGCCACCAGUACUGGCCCGAGCAGGGCUGCUGGUGCUAUGGCAACGUGCGGGUGGUGGUGGAGGACUUCACUGUGCUGGUGGACUACACCAUACGGAAGUUCUGUGUGCAAUACCAGGGCGGCGACGGCGCCAAAGCCCCCAGGCUGGUCACGCAGCUGCACUUCACCAGCUGGCCCGACUUCGGGGUGCCCUUCUCCCCCAUCGGCAUGCUCAAGUUCCUCAAGAAGGUCAAGACCGUCAACCCGUCGUACGCCGGACCCGUCGUGGUGCACUGCAGUGCUGGCGUGGGACGGACGGGUACCUUCAUCGUCAUCGACGGCAUGAUUGACAUGAUGCAUGUGGAGCAGAAGAUCGACGUCUUCUCCUUUGUGUGCAAAAUACGAAAUCAGCGCUCGCAGAUGGUCCAGACUGACAUGCAGUACUCAUUCAUCUACCAGGCCCUGCUGGAAUACUACCUCUAUGGGGACACAGAACUGGACAUAUCUUCUCUGGAGGGUCAUCUGCACAAGCUGCACAACACAGUGGUACCCCUGGACCGGAUCGGGCUGGAGGAGGAGUUCAAGAAAUUGACCAACGUGAGGAUAAUGAAGGAGAACAUGAGGGUGGGGAACCUUCCGGCAAACAUGAGGAAGAACCGCGUCCUGCAGAUCAUACCAUAUGAUUUCAACAGAGUAAUCCUGUCUAUGAAAAGGGGCCAGGAAUUCACAGAUUACAUCAACGCCUCCUUCAUAGACGGCUACAGGCAGAAGGAUCACUACAUGGCCACGCAGGGCCCCCUGGCCCAGACGGUGGAGGACUUUUGGAGGAUGGUGUGGGAGUGGAGGUGCCACUCCAUCGUCAUGCUAACCGAGCUGCAGGAGAGGGAGCAGGAUAAGUGUUUCCAGUACUGGCCAGCAGAGGGCACUGUGACACAUGGAGAUUAUGCAGUGGAAAUCAAGGGGGACACGCUGUGUGACAGCUUCAGCCUGCGAGACCUGGUGCUCACCUACGUUCCGGAGAAUCAGACGCGGUUCGUCCGCCAUUUCCACUUCCACGGCUGGCCCGAGGUGGGGAUCCCGGGCGAAGGGAAGGGGAUGAUCGACUUCAUCGCUGCCGUGCAGAGGCAGCAGCAGAAGUCCGGAAACCACCCCAUCGCUGUGCACUGCAGUGCUGGUGCAGGGAGGACGGGCACGUUCAUCGCCCUCAGUAACAUCCUGGAGCGGGUCAAAGCCGAGGGGCUGCUGGACGUGUUCCAAACGGUCAAGAGUUUACGGAUGCAGAGGCCCCACAUGGUUCAGACUGUGGAGCAAUAUGAUUUCUGCUACAGAGUGGUACAGGACUUUGUCGACAUUUUCUCUGACUACGCCAAUUUCAAGUGAAGACUUUGCCUUAAAUCUUCCAUUUCAGGGGAAGGAAGUAUUUUACGUUAGUGAUGCUAUUUGGUCAGGAAAUCUUUUUAACUGAAUUAAAUGAAGAUCCUGUUUUACUAUGCACUUGUACUUAAAGGUUACUGCAAAUAAAUAAUAGCUGUACUGUACUGUAAUAUACUUGUGUUACUCAGUUGAUGAGAUCUGUAAAUACCAAAAAAGAUUUUCUGAUUUAACAAUUUGAUAUGAAUGGAAGAAUUUAGGGAAGAAUGGGAUUUGUCAUUGUUAAUUACCUUUGGUCCCAUUGCAGUAAUUAUGUGUAAAGUACCUGGGCUCAUGUUUUAACAUUGUUUUAUGCCAACUGAGAAUUAUUUUUAAAGAUUAUUUAAAUGUUAUACACAAUAUUUAUACUACUGUAGUUUAUGUAAAUUGUGUUUUUAUGUGAUGUUGCUGCAUAUGAUCUCUCAAUAACAUUUUAUCAAAAUUUAGAUAAAUUUCUAUAAAUGUCAGGUUUUAUUUAUUUCCAUUGUAGGUGAGUUAUAACAUUAUACAAAGAACGUUAUGUGUGAAAUCCUGUGUGUGAAAUAUUAUUUAGGAUGCAAAACAUGAGGAAAAAACUCCCAGGCAGGACAAUAACCAGAAAAAAUAACAUAAAAAUAAAAACAUAACACUGAGCAGCAAUCAAACCAGAUAUAUUCAAAAAAAAAAAAAACAAAAAAAAAAAAACAGGCUGACAUAAAUUAAUUUCUUGUGCAAAAAGCGGACGCAGAAAAAAAUGCAUUAAUAAAAGAAAGCAAGAGGAAAUUUUCACUUUCAUUCAGUGCGUCCGAUUUCCAGAACCUUGUGAAAAUGAAUAAAGUUGGAUUUUACAUUUUGCUUAACAUUCAGAAGCAGUACUGUUGCUUGAAUUGUGACUGAAGCUCAUAUUUGCGAUAACACUGCUGUGUCCGAGUCAGCCUGGCUCUUCCCUAUAAGGCAAUGGAUGAAACUACAGUAAAAGAAGAGGUGGGAAGUCGUUCCUCUGUUUGAGAGCUGAGGUAUAGGGAAGAGGUUUCCAAACUGCAAGGAUUUUCUAAACAUCUCACCACUGUAAUGUGCUUUCUCGUUUGUGUGUUUGCAUAAAGCAGUGUCAUAUCUUGAUCAGAAGAAAAAGAAUCUUUCUGAUCUGGUUAGAAUGGUCACCAGGUGACUUAAAUUCUGUAAUGUGGACAUAUUUGUAGAACAAAGCUGUGUCAACGGCAGUUGCGCCAAGCAGAGAUAAAAGUAUAAGGGUACAUUUUUGAAGCUGCCUCGUAAAAAAAAAAAAACAGUUCCUCUCAAACCCAGCUAAUAUGGGUGCUUUGCUCAGAAAGCAUUAAUGAAGCCAUGAACUGUGUGAGAUCCUUGGUGAUCCUCCUUUUUAAAAAAAAAGUUUUAACAAUAACCAAUGAUUCCAGAAUGUCUUUGUAAAAACAAGCUAACACACUUUCUGUGUAAUAUCUUUUUCUGACCAAAUGUACCUCACUAGAAAUACCUGUAAAGGAAAGGAACAGAUGGACUGGGGGCGUGAUUUUUUUCCAAUGGCUGCUGGGAUAAUUCUGAUGUGAUGUUUAGCUGCGGAAUCGCGGGCUGGGGUUCUGCGUUUGCUGGAGCGCAGACGCAUUUCGAUCCUUUCGCUUGCGCUCGUCGGUGGAGUCUUUAUCCGGUUGACCGUGUCUUUUGUAAAUGCAGGUUGUGACAUUAAAUAAAUUCAUCCAAAACAA